CCAGCAGCAGGAUCCGCCCCAUAAACUAUCACUGCUGACUUUGCUGCAAAGACUGGAGCAGGCAGGAAAGCAUACUUACACAGCAAACAUGGGAAAACUGCUAAAAAUAACCCUAGUUGGGAUUAUUUUAUCCUUUGUAGCAGAAAGGAUAGUGAAUCUGGGCUAUCGAAUCAACUUUUCACGGGAGGUGUUACCCAAAGACCUUCCCAAUUGUAAGCUGUUAAAAGGAAUUGAGGCCGGGUCAGAAGAUAUUGACAUUCUCCCCAACGGAGUUGCAUUUCUUAGCUCUGGUCUGAAAUAUCCUGGUUUGAUUAGCUUUGCUCCUGAAAAACCUGGAGAAAUAUUUCUGUUGGACCUGAAUGAAGAAAAUGUACGACCAAGUUCAUUGCGAUUCAGUAGAGGGUUUGAUAUUUCCUCAUUUAAUCCUCAUGGUAUCAGCACUUAUAUUGAUGAGAAAGAUGACACAGUCUACCUCUUUGUGGUCAAUCAUCCACAUUCCAAAUCCACUGUUGAGAUUUUUAAAUUUGAUGAGGAGGAAAAUGUUCUUAUACACCUGAAAACAAUCAAACAUGAGCUGCUACAAAGUGUUAAUGACAUUGUAGCCGUGGGACCCGAAAACUUUUAUGCCACCAAUGAUCAUUACUUUACUGAUUUCACCAUGAGAAUGGUGGCAUGGUUUCUGGGAUUAUCUUGGACAAAUGUGGUUUACUACAGCCCGAGUGAAGUAAAAGAAGUAGCUUCUGGAAUGUAUAUGGCAAAUGGAAUUACCAUGUCAAUCGAUAAAAAGUAUAUUUACGUAGCCGAUUGUCUUGGUCGGACCAUUAAUGUCUUUGAAAAACAGGCAAACUGGUUGCUCUCCCCAGUAAAGGUUUUGCAGUUAGAUACACUUCUGGACAAUCUGUUUGUUGACCCAACCACAGGAGACAUUUGGACAGGAGCACAUCCAAAUGGAAAGAGACUCUUCUUUUACAAUUAUGAAGAUCUCCCUGGAUCAGAGGUUGUCCGGGUGCAGAACAUACAUUCUGACCAUCCUAUAGUGACCCAAGUGUAUGUCAACAAUGGUUCUUUGAUCCAAGGCUCUUCCUGUGCUGUAGUCUACGAUGGCAGGCUUUUUGUAGGCACGGUGUUUCACAAAGCGUUGUACUGUAACCUGGAGUAAUCACACACAUUGUGUGAAACGUUUAAAAGCGUCCCAGAAACAUCAGAAACACAGCAGCAACACAAGAGAUGCAUAAAUGUCUACCACCUUUUUAAAAUCAUCUGUUUCAUAGCUACCAGAAUGAUAAAUUGAGUUGUAUUUGUGUAAGAGUUUUGUUCCUGCAAUAUAUUAAAAUGAGUCACAACAUAGUGCAAACAUUUUCCCUAACCUCA